AUGGCCAAAUUAUACUCUUGGCUCUUUAUUCUUUCUGCCUCAAUUUAUUAUUACUUCUUCACUUGCUUAGCUGUGAGUAGUAAGAAAAACCUAACCACCGAUGAAUUUUCACUUCUUGCAUUCAAAUCCUCAAUUACCUUAGAUCCUUAUCAUAUUCUUAGUAAUUGGUCAAUUUCCACUUCUGCUUCUUCUUUCUCUUCAUGCAAUUGGGUUGGUGUUACUUGUGAUGAACAUCAUGGAAGAGUAAAUGCAUUGAAUCUUAGUAACAUGGGCCUUGAAGGUAACAUUUCUCCUCAAUUAGGAAAUCUCUCUUUCCUUGUUGUUCUUGAUCUACAUGGCAAUAGUUUCCAUGGUGAGUUACCACAUGAGUUAUUUCAAUUGCAUAAUAGAUUGAAAAUGUUGGAUUUGAGCAACAAUGAUUUUGUUGGAGAAAUUCCGAAAGGAAUUGGUGAUCUUACACAACUGAGAUUUGUGAACCUGCAAUAUAAUAUGCUCACAGGUAACAUAUUGAUGUUCAACAACUCAUCGUUGCAAUACUUAUAUCUUGGAUAUAAUAAUAUGACUGGAAUCCUUCCAACAAAUAUUUGUCUAGGGCUUCCAAACCUUAGAUCACUCUAUCUUUAUGCUAAUGAUUUUUCUGGUAUGAUGCCAAAUGUUUGGCGUGAUUGCAAAGAGUUGGAAGAAUUGGAAUUAUCCAAAAAUAAUUUUGACAAAGGACGUAUACCUGCUGACAUUGGAAAAUUGACCAAACUUCAGUCUCUGUAUCUCGCAAAAAACAACUUGGAGGGUGAAAUUCCAAUCUCCCUCUUCAACAUCUCUUCGUUGAGAGUGAUCAGCCUUUUGGGUAACAAUUUAAAUGGAAUUCUUCCACAUGAGACGUGUUCGUUACCAAUGGAGAUUGGCCAUCUCAAUCAACUUCAGAUUCUACAAAUGUGGAAUAACAACUUGAGUGGACCUAUUCCUUCAAAACUCUUCAACAUUUCAACAUUGGAAAAUUUGUUUCUUGGACAAAAUUCUUUCUCAGGCAUGCUUCCAUCAAAUCUCGGAUUUGGCCUUCCUAACCUACGAGUACUACGCAUGUAUGGAAACAAGUUUGUUGGAAAAAUUCCAAAUAGUAUAUCCAAUGCUUCAAAUCUUGUUGCAGUUAGCCUUAGUGAUAAUGAACUUAGUGGAAUUAUUCCCAAUUCUUUUGGAGAUUUAAGAUUCCUCAAUUAUCUCAGAUUAGAUAGCAAUAAUUUGACAUUAAUGGAUGAUUCUCUUGAAAUAAACUUCCUCACUUCACUUACAAGUUGUAAACAUCUGACACAUCUUGAUGUAUCAGAGAAUAUUUUGCUAUCAAAACUUCCCAGGUCCAUUGGAAACUUAUCUUUAGAAUACUUUUGGGCAGAUUCUUGUGGAAUUAAUGGAAAUAUUCCACUUGAAACUGGAAACAUGAGCAACCUGAUUAGAUUAUCUUUGUGGGAUAAUGAUUUAAAUGGAUCAAUCCCUGGUUCAAUUAAAGGGUUACAUAAACUUCAAUCUUUAGAACUUGGUUACAAUAGACUACAAGGAUCCAUGAUUGAUGAGCUUUGUGAAAUUAAGAGUUUGAGUGAGUUAUAUUUAAUAAGCAAUAAGCUUUUUGGAGUGUUACCAACAUGUUUGGGAAAUAUGACUUCACUUAGAAAGCUUUACUUAGGAUCUAACAGGUUAACCUCUAGUAUACCUUCCUCCUUUUGGAAUCUUGAAGAUAUUUUAGAGGUAAACCUAUCCUCCAAUGCUUUAAUUGGAAAUCUUCCACCUGAGAUUAAGAAUUUGAGAGCUGUUAUACUGUUGGACUUGUCAAGAAAUCAAAUUUCAAGAAACAUUCCAACAGCCAUAAGUUUCUUGACAACUUUAGAAUCUUUUUCUUUAGCAUCUAACAAAUUGAAUGGAUCUAUUCCAAAAUCACUUGGUGAAAUGUUAAGCUUAAGUUUCUUGGACUUGUCUCAAAAUCUUUUAACCGGUGUGAUCCCAAAAUCCUUAGAGCUACUUUCUGAUCUUAAAUACAUAAAUUUGUCAUACAAUAUAUUGCAAGGAGAGAUUCCUGAUGGAGGACCUUUCAAAAGAUUCGCAGCUCAGUCUUUCAUGCAUAAUGAAGCCUUGUGUGGCUGUCAUCGCUUAAAAGUACCUCCAUGUGAUCAACAUAGGAAAAAGUCAAAGACAAAGAUGCUAUUAAUCAUAUCCAUAUCACUCAUAAUUGCUGUGUUGGGCAUUAUUAUUGUUGCAUGUACAAUGCUUCAAAUGCAUAAAAGGAAAAAGGUUGAAAGUCCACGUGAAAGGGGUUUAUCCACUGUAGGAGUUCCAAUAAGGAUUUCCUAUUAUGAACUCGUCCAAGCAACUAAUGGAUUCAGCGAGACUAAUUUACUUGGAAGGGGUGGUUUUGGAUCAGUGUAUAAAGGAAUGCUUUCUAUUGGGAAGAUGAUAGCAGUUAAAGUACUUGACUUAACAAUGGAAGCUACUUCAAGAAGCUUUGAUGCAGAAUGCAAUGCAAUGCGCAACCUCCGGCAUAGAAAUCUCGUCCAAAUUAUCAGUAGUUGUUCAAAUCCUGAUUUCAAAUCUCUAGUGAUGGAGUUUAUGUCAAACGGAAGUUUGGAAAAAUGGUUAUACUCUAAUAACAAUUUUUUGGAUUUCUUGCAAAGGUUGAACAUAAUGAUAGAUGUGGCAUCUGCAUUGGAGUAUCUCCAUCAUGGUUCUUCAAUACCAGUGGUUCAUUGUGACUUGAAGCCUAGUAAUGUGUUACUAGAUGAAGCUAUGAUUGCACAUGUGAGUGAUUUUGGCAUUUCCAAGCUCUUGGAUGAAGGACAAUCAAAAACUCAUACAGGGACUUUAGCUACUCUUGGCUAUGUUGCACCAGAGUAUGGAUCUAAAGGAGUCAUUUCUGUUAAAGGAGAUGUGUACAGCUAUGGGAUAAUGCUAAUGGAACUGUUCACCGGAAAGAAGCCAACAAAUGAAAUGUUUUCAGAAGAAUUAACUUUGAAAACUUGGAUUAGCGAAUCGAUGGCCAAUUCGAGUAUGGAAGUUGUGGAUUACAAUCUAGACUCGCAACAUGGGAAAGAAAUUUAUAAUAUCUUAGCUUUAGCAUUGAGAUGUUGUGAAGAAUCUCCUGAGGCUCGGAUUAAUAUGACAGAUGCAGCUACCUCGUUAAUCAAGAUCAAGACCUCAUUCAUCCCAUGA